AUUGCCUGCUCCACCUGUACCACCUUCAGCAGCAGCAAUGAGGAUCCUGGUGUGCGUGUUACUGUUUGGACUGGCUCUGGCCGAGGAGAAGCAGGUGGAGAAACGGGGAGUGGUUGGCUCCCUGGGUAGCUAUGGCGGAGGCGGCUAUAUCGACCAUGGAAUCGGAGCCAGCAGCUACAACAGUGGCGGCAGCAGCGGUGGUUAUGGGGGCGGCUAUGGGGGCGGCUUUGGUGGUGGUUAUGGAGGCGGCUAUGGAGGUGGCAUCAGCUCUGCAGUUGGAGGAGGUCAAGUGACCAACAUCGCCAUCACCAAGCAGGUCCCUAUCCCGUACCCAGUACCAGUGCAGCGUACUGUCCCAGUACCAGUCAGGGUUCCUGUCACGGUGCCAGUCAACAGGCCGGUACCAGUGCCCGUCCCACAGCCAUACCCUGUCCCCGUGCAGAGGCCAGUCCCAGUACCCGUGAGCGUCCCUAGCCCAGUCCCCGUACCAGUACCACAGCCCGUCGUCGUCAACCAGCCGGUACCUGUCGUCGUGGGAGGCGGAGCUGGUGUCGGCGGAGGGCUCGGAGGCGGCUACGGAGGCGGCAUUGGUGGAGGCUACAGUGGAGGCUACGGAGGAGCCAUCGGCGGUGACUACGGCGGUGGCUACGGCGGUGGCUACGGCGGUGGCUACUCUGGAGGCAUUUCUGGAGGCUAUGGAGGCUACGGGAAAUACAGCCACUAACAUCAGCAGCUGAACCCAACACCUUAGACGAAACAUACCACCAGAGAUUAAUUGUAUAUUUCUUACAAUAUUUUGUAACUGCAUUAGAAAAUAAAAAUCAUUCGUAAAAUAAA